AUGGCUGGAGCCGCGCCGACAGAUGGGCGGCGCGGGAGCGCCAUCCCGGAUUCCUCGAGCAGCGUGGCGGAUGGCGCGCUUUUCCGAGAGCUGUCCGCGGGGUACAAAGGAGAAGCGGUCGUGGCGAGAGUUGUUGAGCAGCGGGGUUCCUGGACGACAAAGUCUGGCGCAAGCGUGGCCAUGGUUACGGUGAUCGAUGCUGAGAGCCAGCGCAUGGAGGUGAAGUCGUGGGUGCCGAAGACAGUUUUACCUUCUAUGCACGAAGAUAGUAUCUACGAGCUGAAGGGCUUCCGCGUGGCGUUCUGGGAUGGCAAGAUGUAUUUGAAGCAAUCUCCCACGAGUGCCGUCACAAAGGUGCUCGAGCAGCAUCAUCCGCAGCGCGUGCCCGCAGUGUUCGCGCCGUCCGUGUCAACGUGCAAGGACCUCGACGAGGAGGGGGACGACCCGGACGUGCUCCACGCUUUGUGCGGGAAGCUCAUCAGGCCGGGGGAGUACGAGGGGGUCGCUGGCAAAAAGCAGAAGCCAGUGUACGAAAUGACCAUCGAGCUCAGCGAUGACGCGGUGGACGUCUCUCUCUGGGACGAACUCGCAGAGACAGCUAAAAAGGCGAAUCUCAAAGAAGGUGGAUACGUGUUCAUUCAGAAUGUGAAGUACAACAAGAAGGCGCGGAGGUGCCACGGGUACCCGGGGGUGGGUUCGGUUCGCUCCGUGGCGGCGCCAACCGCUUCGCCGAACACGCCGGGCUCUCCUGUCCUGUCGACCCCGGCGAGCCCCGCAACGCUGCCUGGAGGCACCGCCGUGGACGCGGCGGAAGACGAACCGCCGAGCAAGAAAGGACGCACUGAUUGA